AUGACAAAAGUUACGAAAGAAGCGAUCCAGACUCGGCAUCUUGCUAUUCCAGUAACAAAUAAGCCACAAAUAGAACAACAAGCUAUUUUUAAUAUUACACAACGACACACUCCGCUUAAAAUUAAUUAUUACGAAAUUGAAAAAGAUAGGUCAAAAACGAAUGAUAGUGUUACCAAAAAAAAAAAACAAAAUUUCCAAAACCAAAAUAUUUCUUCUUCUUUUCCUUUACAACCUUCACUUCAAAAUUCCUUACAACUUUCUUCUGGUCAAGAAAAUAAAACCUUCCUUCAAACACCAAAUAACAAUAAGAUCAUAUUUGAAAAUAUUAAUACUUCUCAACAGCGAGAAGAAAAAGUUGUAUUUGUAAAAGAAACUGAAAUAAUAAUAGAUUCAAAUAUUACUCCACCCAUUAUUAAACACCCUAUUAACUCAUCUUCUGACAUGUCUUCUGGAAUGUCUACUAUCACCACAACUAAAUCUAGUAAUAACCAUAAUAAUAAUGGUGGGUCGGGUAGAACUGGGAUUUUAAGUCAAAAAGAGGAUAAAUAUCCAAUCUCUAGCACUCCUUAUUUUCCAACUAAAAACAGUACUUUGGCUGAUUUAUCAGCACAUAAGAGGUCAAAAUUUUAUCCUUUAUCAAAACCAGGCGGGAUUGAAAAAUGGCCCACACCUUCUAUAGAUACAACUCGGCCUGAACGUGCUGGAAGAAUGGUUAUGGAGGGUUGGCCCUCUUCUCCUCGUAGUAGAAUGAAGUUAGCAAGUCCACGCUUUAAGUCAUUAAAUGAUUUAGAAGAAGGACCGGAAGGAAAUGAUCAGCCUGGCCAAAAAUCUUACAAUCAGAAUGCAUCUUUAAAUAGUUAUUGUAGUUCUUCUCUAGCCAGUUCUACUAAUAAUAACAUUAGUGACAAUAGUGGUGAUAACAGAUUAAUUUUAACUUCAAAAGAACCUAAUUUAGAUACAAUGGGCAGGAACGAUCGUGAAAUCAUAGUGGAGGAAGAGGAAGUGGAGGAAGGGUUUAAAGUGGAGGACAUUUCUUCAUUAAAAUUAUCUGAUGAAUUUUUUAAUUCAGGAGGUUUUAGUGGUAGUAGAAGGACUUUGGGUAUCAGUCUUAAUAGUCCAAAGAGACCUUUUUAUCAUGAUAAUAAUAGUGGUAGCAGUAUAUCAUCAAUAGACGGAAAAGAUAGUGAAGAUGAACAUCAACAAAAGCAAAAACCAAAAAAUGAAAAAAGGAUGAAUUUUUUCUCUUCAAAUAAAGAAGUACAGCCUUCCACGAAUGAACCUACGGCAAAUAAUCGUAGUGGUAUGAUUGGAAGAGAACAUUAUAAAAAUUCUUCAAGAUUAACAACACGUUUAUUUUCCUCAAUACAAUCAAGAAGAACUGUCCCGCAAAUAUCAAGGUCAAAAAAUGUAAAAAUCACCACUGACUCAUCGCCGUCAUUUCCGAUGGCCAAAACUCCAUCAUCAGAACUUUCAUCUACAUCUACUCCUUCCACUCCUUUAACAACCAUCCAAACUCCAUUAAACUCUGCUACUACCCCAACAGCUUGGAAAUGGCCAAAAAGACCUUUUAGCCCUGCCAGAGAAAAACAAAAAGAGGAAUUAAUCAAACCUGGCGAUAAUCCUGCUGAGCAUAUAGGCAAAGUAGGUAAUUUAUGGGCAAAGAAAACUUUGGGUCAAUUGAGAAAAUAUCAUCAACGUCAUAGUCCAAGUAUAUUAUCAAGUAAAAGUUUUGGUUCAUCAAUCAACAUGGCAGAAAAUUCAUUGGAAACUAUCAACGAGGAAGAUGAAGAUGAAGAUAUUGGUAUUUGGUCAAGUGAAGAAGUUGAUUUGACUGCCGAAUCCUCGGACGAUAAAAAACUCAACUCGCCAUCAUCUUCCACAAAUACAACCCCUACCACCACACCAUCUAUCGCAAGUUUAUUAAAUCCAAAUAAAUUAAUAGAGGAAAUUGUAGAUGAUCAACCACGUGGUAUCAAGGUAUCACCUGAACGUUUGACAAUCAAUAAAGAUAUUAUUAGUCCAAUUACUUCAACAACUUCACGUCCCAGUAACCUUGGUGGUAGUAGCACUAGUUCACUAUCAAAAAAUACUACAAAACCUUUAUUCGAAACUACCUUUACUAUCUCAAAUAUUACCGACGAACCUUUACGCUACGAGAUUCUUUGGCCCGCAUUUAGAUUUGAUAUCACCCCUGCUUACGGGAUCGUUAAACCUCAAUGUGUUAUAUUAGUAAAAGUUUCUGUUCUUACGAAACAUUUGAUCGCUAGCUCUAAACGGGAGGACAUAAAAGAUUCAAGGAAAUUCAUGGGAAUUCUUAAAUCUUCAGAAAACACUACAACUACAACUACUAAUAAUGUUGGCAGUAAAUCUAGAAACGUUAAAAAUAACAAUAAUGGCAAUGUCGAUAUUAAAACUUUAAUGAGCACAACUAGAAUUUUAGUAUUUUGUGAAAAUGGCGAACGUAAAGAAGUUUUGCGUUCUUUAAAGAGCACCAAUGAUCUUAGUGACAGUAGUGAUAAUAACAACAGUUUUAUCAAAAGAUUCAGUAGUAAAGGUAUUUCAAGAACUGUUGAUGAUCUUAUGAAAGCUGCCAAAGUUGCUCCAGCACUUAGAAAAACCGGUUCAAAAAGUCGUCCUAGCAGCCCUGAAGGAACCAGUGGUGGUUACGGCAGUGGUUACGGCAGUAGUGGUGGUGGCAGUGAUAGUUACAGGUCAUCUAUGACUGCACUUGAGCGUAAGAGCAGCACAUCACCUUCGUCAUUUGGUAGUGGUGGUGCUGGCAGCAGAUCACGAACACCCGAUGAUUCAAAACCUGUCAAACAAUUACCACAGCGUAAAAAUUUCAUUUACAUAGGAGUACCUGGCAAUGUCAAUUGUCCAACAACGACAGUCCGUGAGACAAAUAGUGGAAUAUUUCGUAUACAUAAUCAAACAAACAAACCGGUAACUUGGCAUUUAACAACCGCGACAAAUCCAUUUUUGCGCAAAUCAGAUUCUGCUGGCUCAUCUCAAAAGAUAAAUGACGAAGUGUUCUUGAUAAUGAAGACAAGUGGAUUUUUAAGACCAGGAUCAUCUGAACGUGUGCCCGUAAGUUUUCGUCCUUUGUUGGCCGGUACCUAUUACCAAAGCUUUAUGCUUGAAGAUUCAAUGAAUUCAGAGGCAACCGGAGGUUUAGGUGGCGUGAGUGUGAGAGUACAAGGCGAAGGAAAAUUUGAUGUUACCAGUAAUGCUGUUCCACCUAUAAGACGAACCAGGUCAAUGAUGGAUUUUGAAGUUGCUACAAAAGAAGUUAGAAUCGCUGCAACUAGGGUUGGUAAAAAGAGAUCAGUUGGAAUCAAAAUAAGUAACCCUUCUAAUCAACUAAUAAGAGUUAAAUGCAAAUGUGAAUUAGUGAAUUAUAGUAGCGAUAACGACAAUAUAAGUGAUAGUGUUGCUAAUUUAAGUGUCCUUAGCUUUAGUGGCAGUGAUGGUGGUGACAACACUGGUAGUAGUGGUGCUAAUAAUAGCGGUUUGAGUAGUUUGAGUAGUGUCAAUAAUGGAAUCAAUUUAACCCAACCACAACUAACAACAGAAUUGACAAUACCUAUCCCAAAUGUCCAAAUCAAACCUCACACAUUCAUGGUAUUACCUGUUCGUUUUCAACCCAAAAAAUCAGGUGAAAUAAGAGGUGUGGUUACAUUACAAGCAGUUGGUAGAAGCGAAGUAAAAGUUGAUAUCAUAGCAGAAGGAAUCCUAGAGACUUUAUCAUGA